GUAUGAUCGCCAUGACGCCGGCGGUUCUGCACACUGACUUUAUUUCCACAAGCACGAACAACACCAACAUCAGCCUGUAAAAGCACUUUGCUCACCGCUCACUCGAAAUUUGCCUCUUCUUUGAAGAUCUGUUUUUGUGCCCCCAGAAGAGGACUCCUGCCGCGAGGAUACUAGCACAGUGACCGACGACAAAAAUGGCCUCCUCGUCCACCUCGUCCUCCUCGUCUUCUAUGCCUCCCGCAACCGACACAUCCGAAUCCUCCUCGUCCUCCACCGUAGGCGUUCCAGCGGCACGGCCCGAACAAAGAACUACAGGCUCGACGGCUCCUCUGCAUCACCCCAAUAGCAGCCCGGAAAAUGAGCUCUUGGUCGACGAGAGUAAGUUGAUUUCGAAAACGCCGGCCCCGGGGUUGACGGUCGGACUGGUCACGGCCUGUUUAGUGCUCGUGGUGGGCGCCGCGUACGUGUCUGUAUUUGGAAUAGAGUUUCACCAGCCAGGAGCGCCUGUGCCAAUUACCGAUCAAGCCGAUGGCGCUGGUUUGCCCGUGCGCGGCGCAGCUGGAGACCCAGCUAGAAGUUCAUCGUCCAGCACUGCUGCGAGGCCUGCUACUGCAGCCGCCGCAGCCGCUGCUGCUGCGGCCUCAGCGAAGAGCUAUGCGGAAACGAGCCGGAGUUUAGCGCUGGGCUUUUCGUCCAACUCCUUCUCUUCCCCGCCGAACUCUAAUACCGCUGCGUCGACCUCACCCUCAGCUGAAACCAAAGUGGCAAAAAUUUUGGGUCCGGAUUCGCAAAACAGCUUUCUUGCGUCAGAGCAACGAACUGGUCAUCCGAAGGGAACAACCGCAGGCGAGCAACCGCAGGUGCAGAAUAAAAGCGCAAGCAGCACUCCCUUCUCCUUGUCUGAAUCCUCUUCGACAACGACGCUGCCGCCAGACUCUCUAGAACUGCAGCAGCAGAGAUCAACUGCAAAUGGUGCUCUGCUUGUUCGUCCUAAUGCACCGCCUCGAAAUGGUGCAGAUGGUCUUUACGACGAAGCCGCUACCACGACCCCAAGAACAACUUCUACACCAGUCGCUUCUCCUCCAGACGGUGCUGUCCCAACGUCUUCCUUCCGGCAGCUGCUCGAUUUACCCGGCGUCGUGAGUCGGAAAAUCAGGUAUCCACAGUAAAUUUUCAGUACACGUACAAAUGCGAGCGCUGCAUGACAAAACUUGGCUUCGAUCCUAGUUCAGCAUGACAAGUUUUACCCUCCAAAUUGGUGAAGUUUGUCAUGCAUUUUGUACAUGUACGGGAAAUUUGUAUUGCAUAUCAGGGACAAGUUGAUGGGCUGGACGCAGGAAGUAGAACACGACAGCGAAGAGGACAUGCGGCCCUGGGAGGGGAACGUGCGCGGGGGGAAUUACAUCCCCUGUCGGGGCUGCAAGCGGUACCGGCCCGAACUACAAAGGCCCUUGACGCGGUCCAGCCCUGCGCUGAUGUACACAACGAAUGUUGAGGACAAAAAUGCAGGCUCCUCCUCCACAUCACAGCGAUCGUCGUUGCAAUUCUUCGAGAACGACGAGAGUUACGAUGAUGAUUUUGCCAGUGCUACGGAUGGGUUCGACACUGCGCGAAGCAGGACAACUGGAAGCAAACGCAGCAGUGAAAGUGACGCUGGACGAACCGCGACAAGGACAUCUAACACAGGUCCUCCGGACGUCGAGGGUUUUUUCACACCAAUGUCGGAAUUUAAGGGGAUAAAAGGUGGAACGGGAACAAACGAAAGGAGUGGCCGUGCCACAGGAGAAGACACAACCAGGAGCGCAGCCAGCAGUAGGGGGGACCCCAGCACGGUUGCGCCGUCGCCAGCGUGGAGCACCGGGACGACGCCUGGUGGUGGAGGACAAACACCAGGCUGGCCUGCUCGGGAUGUUCAAGCUGCAAUGCCCGUAAGCGGUAGUACGGGUAAACCAGAUAUCGUCGCCAGUCCCCCAGCGGCUUCUACCCAGUCCGGUGGAGCGCAGCUCCCAACGACGAUCGCCGCUGCGCAGCUGGGUACUUAGUUUUGUACAUGCAUUUGAAGAAAUUUUUCUUGCAUGCUAGUACAGAAUCAGUGUAAAAACAUACAUGCUUCUUGUGAAGAUGCUGGUAGAUCUAGAUUGAUGAAAGUGAAUGUGGUCUUUGUCAGGAUCUGCGGCAGUGUUUGUGCCUCAACCUCGACCGGGCGCAAGUGCAGCCCCGAGCCAGCCCGGACAGCCAGGUUCCUUGCAGCAGCAACAAGGCUCUCUGCCAGGUGUUGUUUCCUCGCAAGCUACGAACGCAAAUGCAGCUGCGCAGGGCGGGACGCAGGGGAACCCGAUGUUUACCGUCGUGCCCGGACAGAACGGCGGACCCCCGCGCAUGAUUCCAAUACAACAACAACAGCAGUCGCGCUCGCAGUCACGGCACGCUAGCGCAGGCAGUCCGGUCGUGAUGUCGAAGCAGCCCCAGUACAUGAUGGUAAACGGAAAGCUGGUGCAAGUUUUACCGGCGCAAAACCCGCCCAUUCAGCGACCAUCUGGACCGCAAGGUGUAGUAGUACCUCAGCAGCAGCAGCAGCAACAAACGCAACCGCAGCAACUGGAAAUAACACAGCGGGUGCAGCAGCUUCCAGCCACACCCGCACCAGCCGGAGCUCCUCCUCCUGCUGCGCAGCCGAAAAUAGUAAACCAGGCACAGCAAACGCAGAUACAGUCACAGAUCACGAACAGUUUGCUGCCAGUUUCUCAAAGUCCUACGCCGUCCUUCCAGAGUGCGGUCAGCAGUUCCGCGCCGGAUGUCGAAUCUUCGCUAGUACAACCUCCCAGUGGGGGCUCUGCCGUGGCCUCUGUUGCGGAGCAGCAACCAGGGUAUGGUUCGACGCAGGCGGAUGGAGCAGAAGGAAGAACUUCUACUUCACAGCAGCCUUUGAUGUUAUCAAGUGGGACAGGGGAAGUCCUGCCUGUUCCUUCGCCGCAGAUGAUGCAACGGGCUGGCACAUCAGCGCUCCCAACGUCGUCUCAACCGGCGGCAGAACAACUACCAGGAAUGAAACCUGCACAACUGCCCGCACAGCAGCCCAUCGUUUCGGCGGUCGCACCGACAGCACCAGAACAAGCGCAGCAGCCGCAAUCAGCGGAAAGUGUUGUUUCUGGUGCGUUGCCUCCGAACAACGCACCGCAGGCACAAGGGAGACACACACAGCCGAUAAUUGCCGACUCGUCUGCCGCUGCUCUCGCUGGAUCUUCUUCUUCUAGCACGUCAUCUGCGAUGAAGAUGAAAAACCAGCAGCUGGCGACCAGCGGCACCAAACUGACGCAGUCCACGGAGCAAGCCCUCCCGAUUCCACAACUGCCCCAAGCGUCCGCGCAGCUUCCGCAACCAGCAGCAGUCCAGCAACAACCAGCGCGACCGCCGACGGUCCGUGGUUUGCCGCAACAAUGGCGGGACAAGGAUGCGAACGGGUACCCCAUGGUAAAGUGCGACGCUGAAGUGGCGUUUUUCUCCGCGGACGGUUUUCAAAAGGUUUUUGUGGACAGCAGGUCGCCAACGGCUAUUUACGAUGUGAGGUAUAGUGGUACUAGAGAAGGAGCGGCUGCAAAAGUAGUACAGAACUAUCUGUAUCCACGGACUGAGCGCUGCUAGUGCGAUAAAAGCAGAGCCAAAAGAACUUCGAUGUUGUUGUCAGUACCCGCCCGCGGGGAUUUCUGCUGAUGCUUUUUUUCGACUUUUUUCUAAUUUACAUUUUCGUUCUAAAUGCAGAAGGAGGCAAAUUUAAACGACCGGACACAACAUGUUGACCCCAGGUACUAUGUCCCAUCCCCCAUGGAGUACGCAGUUAUUGAUGGGACCGAGCAGGAAUCCACAACGCCCGACGGAAAGUACGUCUACAAAGUCGAAGCUAUGUCCGAGGACAACUCACCGCUGAAGCGCGCCAAAAUGCAUGACCGCGUGACUUUCACGAAGUGGACCGCCGGCGCAAACGGCCUGAAAAAGUUUACGCUUAAACGUGUCACCGAGGUACUUUUGUGGAAUUGUGUUGACAAUAAGGAAGAUGAAGAGUAGACUUGAAAUAACGAAAAGCUGUGCUGUAAGCACGCGAUUUAUGACAAAGGUGAUGGCAUUUUUUUUGUUUGCAACCUGACGAGACAACGUCAAACUUUGCAGGUUAUCGAAAGCGGUGCCUUCAUGUUCACCGUGAAGAACCCGUUUGAGAUCCACCAAGAGGUGGAGGGCGAGGAGUUUUUUGUGGGCAAAAACCACAAGGACGUUGGUUUGAAGAUAUCCAGCGUGUAUCGGGUCGACGACGCGCCCUACAUGCCGCGCAUCGUGAGCCUCGCGUUCUCCACGGGCGGCAUGGCGGAAGGUUGGGACGCGUCUGCGGCGAAGUUCCUCAAAACGCUGCAAACGCUGGGGACUUCAUCUUCCGCUUGAGAGGUUGAGGUGCUUCUUUCGUAUGUUUUGGAUGGACAAAGAAAAUUUAGUUCCGCCUCCGGCUUUUUUGUUGUCUGAUUUUCCAAUGCUGUCCUCAGAAAAAAGCUUCCAAUUUUGUACUUAAGUAGUUCACAUCCAGGUCCAUUGACAUUCAGCCUGGGGACGCAGCGUCCUCUUCACGAAAUACAGUGCAUCACAAGUAUCUGGCUAUCAUUCCAGAAUGUGUAGAAUUGAUGUCCUGAGGAGCCGGUACCAACACUUCUAAAAAUGUAAAAUGAUAAAAAUGGGCGCCCAUAGUCAGUUGGGGUUCCAGAAGAGGAAAACUACUAUCGGACUACAAGAUGCUUAAGAUAGAUUCCUUGUUUGUUUUCUCGUGUUAUGGAACAUGAACUUGUCGAAGAUUUAGAAAGUCGUGUAUGUAAGUCUAGAAAGAGAAGGAUUUUCAUCUCCACAGAAGGCAAACGCUGUGUACAACUGCAACGAAGCAAGUAGUAGAUCGAGGUAAGUAUAUCACUUUGAAGCUUUUCAUCACAAAACUGAGCGGUUUCCGUAGUAAGCAAAAA